AUGGCGCUGAGCGGGGAGGACGCAGGCGAGACAAUCGAUAUCGUCGAGCCGGCGGUGCGGAUGGGAUCCUACCUCGCGGAGGUGCAGCCGGUGGAGGAUGCGGCGGGAUUGAUCUUCCUGCUGUGGGCGAUCCAGCAGCCGACGAUCGCCAGGCCCAACGCCUUCGUUCGCCAAUCGUCCAUGGAGCUCCGCCUCGACGCAUGUGGCCACCAGAUCACCAUCGUCCAGACUCCCUCCUCCAUGGCAAGUAUCUGAAUCUCCGGUGCUUGAUGAUCGCCGGAGCUUUCGUUUGGCUAACGCGUUGUCUCCCUUUUUCUCGACGGUCGUUCUGAAGAGCAAUCCAGGGGUGACUGGAGCGGUGAUGUGGGACAGUGGGAUUGUUCUGACCAAGUUCCUGGAGAGCGCCGUAGAUUCUGGGAGACUUGUUCUUCAGGGCAGCAAGGUCGUCGAACUCGGUUCAGGUUGCGGAUUGGUCGGGUAGAACUCAAGAACCCAUCCAUUCCGAUGCAGACGUCCUGUUCGACCAAAUGUCCGCACCAGUUCUUGUCCGUUCAUUGAUAGUUUCCUUGGAGGUUUCAGGUGUGCAGCGGCUCUCUUGGGUGCUCGAGUCGUGCUCACAGAUCUACCAGACAGAUUGAAGCUUCUGAAGAAGAACGUCGAAGUCAAUGUGAAGGAAAGGAACGCGCGUGGCUCGGCAGAAGUCUGUGAGCUCACCUGGGGCGACGAUCUGGACGCGGAGCUAACCGAGCCGCCACCGGAUUUUGGCAAGCGUUUCUUCCUAGAUCGUAUGAACAUGCUUCUUCGAUCUCCUCUCUUCUAUUACAUAAGCAUCCUGGUCCUUGCAGUCGUCGGAUCAGAUGUUGUCUAUAGUGAAGCUGCUGUGGUAGAUCUGCUUUCCACGCUGAGACAUCUUUCUGCCAGCUGCACCACCAUUUUCCUCGCUGGAGAGCUCCGAAAUGGUAAUCUACUCAUCAUUCCAUUCGAAGUCUAUGUUACAUAUACUCACGGGAGCUUCUCUCCCCGAACAGACGCCGUCCUGGAGUACUUCUUGGAGGCGGCGAUGGGGGAUUUCCUGAUUGGGCAUGUCGAUCAAUCCCAGUGGCAUCCCGACUACCGCAGCCAGCGAGUAGCGAUCCUUGUUCUGGUGAAGAAGUAA